AUGGCACAAAGAUUUCAAGUAGGGUGGAUGACGCUGUUAUUAGCAGGAUGUUCGUCGUCAUCACCACUCAUACCCGGCAUCUUCCUAAUCUCGCUCUAUUACCAAACCUACACACCCGUACCCUCGACAGCACAAGCGGACUUCAACGUACACAAUGCCAUAUCAAACGUGGUUGGAAAUGCAAGACUUGCAGCAAGAGUCGGAUACUUCGGCAUCUGCAUCAACCCAGACGGAGGAUCAUGGCUCUGCAGCAACAAUGCCACGGCGCUGGCGAACGAAGUCUCUCUUGCGGAUGACCCAUUGAAUCUGAUCUGGCUUGCCAGUCAGUUCAAGGACAUGAUUGUGUUCCCAUACUUAAUUAUCAUCGCAAUCAUAUUCGCAUUCAUCUGCCUCCUCCUCCUCGCCACCUUCCCCGGCUGGCACGAAGAAGAGGACGCCAGCGGCAGCGAUCGAGAAGUCAAGCCCUUUCCCUCACGCCCAGUCUCGCAAAUUGCGCUCGCCAUCAUCUUCAUCGGCUCCAUCUUCAUACUCGUCUCGGUAUUAUGGCAGCAUACAGCUUCCGUCGCUGCAUCCAUCAUUGCGCAAGAUAUGGGCAACGGGAGUGUGAAGAGUGGAGUAGGCACCACGGCAAUGGUGCUGGGUUGGUUCGGGUUCGCCUUGCUGAUUAUUGUUACGAUUGGACUGCUGGUUAUGAUAUUAAGUAUCAGAGUCCUGGCUGAGACAUUCUCGUGA